GCAAAUUUCUAGUCAGUUCGUACAACGUUACAUCGAAAGAUCGCUGUACUUCUGAAUAACUUGGAUCGAAGAACGUACAUUUUGCGAAAAAGGCAUGAUAUUACAAGUUUCUCGAACUCCUCUUCUGCGAAAUGGACGUUAUCUUUUCCUAUGCUCUCUCCGUAAUCUAUCGAGCAAUGUUGGGCAACCUUGCCAGCCGCUGAAUUACAUCAAUGGGCAUCGGAUCAAUCCAGUUAGCGAGGAAGAAGAAGGCGAUAUCUAUGUCACUGAGCCAGCUACUGGGAAAAUUAUCUGUCAGACACAAGGUUCAGGAAAACAGGAAGUAGAUCGUGCAGUGAGCUCAGCGAAAGGGGCUUUCAGUUCAUGGUCCAAAAUGUCAGGGAUGGAGAGGGGGAAAAUCUUACGUGAAGCGGCCAAGAUUAUCCGGAGUAGAGUCAAAGACUUAGCCACAGUUGAGGUCAUGGACACCGGAAAGCCAUUUCAUGAAGCAGUGUGGGAUAUUGAAGGCUGUGCAGAUGUCACAGAUUAUUAUGCUGGUCUCGCUCCAACCAUUAGUGGCAAGCACAUUCAGCUUCCUAAUGGAUCUUUUUCUUACACAAGGCGAGAACCUCUAGGAGUGGUAGGAGGAAUUGGUGCUUGGAAUUACCCAUUCCAAAUCUGUGUUUGGAAAUCUACUCCUGCCCUAGCUUGUGGAAACACAAUUGUGUUCAAGCCAUCCCCAUUCACACCCCAGACUGCUGUUCUUAUUGCUGAGAUUUUCACUGAAGCAGGGCUUCCUAAUGGUGGUUUGAAUGUUAUUCAGGGAGAAGGAGUGACAGGCCAUUUGCUAACAUCACAUCCUGAUGUUGCAAAAAUUUCCUUUACUGGAUCUGUACCCACUGGACAAAAGAUCAUGGCAGAUGCAUCAGCUGGUGUCAAACAUGUCACUCUUGAGCUGGGAGGCAAGUCUCCCCUUCUCGUCUUUGCUGACUCUGACCUUGAAAAUGCUGUUAAGGGAGCAAUGAUGGCUAACUUCCUUACACAAGGAGAGGUUUGUUCCAAUGGAACUCGGGUAUUUGUUGAAAGGAGCAUCAUGGAUGAAUUUCUGAGCCGAGUUGUGGAGCGCACUAAAAAAAUCAGAGUAGGUGACCCCAUGAACCCUGACACUCAGAUGGGAGCAUUGAUCUCUGAGGAACAUCUUCACAAAGUUCUUGAUUAUGUGGAAUUAGGAAAGAAAGAGGGCGCCAAAAUUCUCUGUGGUGGUGAACGCCUGAAACUGGAGGAACCCAGAUUGGCCAAUGGGUUUUACAUGUCACCAUGUGUGAUGACUGACUGUUCAGACGAUAUGACAGUUAUUAAGGAGGAGAUAUUUGGCCCUGUUAUGACAGUGCUGCCAUUUGACACUGAAGAAGAAGCUGUUAAGAGAGCAAACAACACUGACUUUGGUUUGGCUGCAGGAGUUUUUACAAAAGAUCUCAAUCGAGCUCAUCGUGUUAUUGCUAAUCUUCAAGCAGGAUCCUGUUGGAUCAAUAAUUACAAUUUAACACCGGUCGAGGUUCCUUUUGGUGGAUACAAGAAGUCUGGCGUGGGUCGCGAACUGGGUGAAGACACCAUUGAAUAUUACACGCAAGUUAAGUCAGUUUACGUAGAAAUGGGGGAUGUGGAGUCGCCGUUUUAACCAAAUCAGGGCAUCCGCCAGAGUCGUUGAACAGUUGAGUUGCACGAUAGCUUGACUGCGGGUGGAAAUUCCAAAUACUACCCAAAUACUGUUUUAAGCAUUUCUCUAAAAUAGGAACCAAGUCAAAAGGGGAAAAAUGAAAAUUCUAAUUCAAAGCCAUGUGAAUUUGCAGACGUCAGGAUUUCAUUCAUAGUUGAAAAAAUUAUUAAUGCAUACUCCCCUGCGAUGGACACACAAAAAAGAAUCCUUUCACUUCCGUGGUAAAGAUAAUUCUCCCUUGUAACCACUACACAAUUAUCUUGUUAAUUAUUCAAAAGAAUUUGGUGUUAAAUCAACCUACCAGAACAGCACCCUCUGACUGAAGUUUUAUGGAAAGUCAUAGGACGAACUAACUCCGUCCGGUGAGGCAUGUGGAGUGGGAGAGGAACAAUUUAUAACUAAAUACUCUUAAUGAUCUAGCUAUGGCUACUUAAGUUUGUAACCCGGCAACUGUUAAUACUUGCAGAUCAAGAAAAUGAUAUACGGAUGUCAAUUAAUAAGUUAUUUUACUUUGAAAUUAUACAAAAUAAAGCUCUGUUUUGAUUUAUUGAGCAAGCUGUUUUCGACCUUUUUUUCCAAUUUAAUGAUAUUAUGUUACGCAUACAGAACAUGAGUCUAUUCCGGUUUUUCUUGUUUCUGAAAAAUAAUUAUAUUAAUUCUGUAUGUCUGAGUAAUUAAAAAUUUAUAUACUAUCAA